AUGGUGGCGGCGGGCGGGGUGAUGGUGGCGACGACUCACGUCGGAGUUGAGGAGCGGGAAGAACGGGGUGGGCGUCUGGGAUUGGUGGUCCGGUUGCUCCAGGCGAAGGAGAGGCCUCCGUGUCUCUAUCUCUCUGUCUCCCUCCUGUCCGGGCAGUAUGGAGUGUCCGGCGAGGAGCAGCUUUACUCCGACUUCCCUGAGAUUGACUUAUCCCAGCUGGACGCCGGCGACUUGGACACCACCAGCUGCUUCAGCGAACUGCAGUGGGGCCCCGACCACUCGGACAACGAGUCCAGCCAGUACAGCACCGAGGACUCGGAACUUUUCCAGAUCAUAGGCGGCGAAAACGAAGCCUUCCUGGCAGCUCUGACCAAGACGUUGGACGACAUCCAGGAAGAUGAGAUCGGCCUGGCUGUCUUGGGCGCUCUGGAAGACGGGGACCCUGCCUGCCUGGCCUCCGCCUCGGCCGAACCUUCGCACCCUCCCGCCGCCCCGACUCCUGCGAGCACCCUGCCCCCAGCCCCCGAGCUCGAUGACCUGUCUCUACUACAGAAGUUACUCCUCUCUCCGUCCCAAACAGCUCCGAGCUGCGAAGAUCAAAGGGAGGGGAGCUCCCGGCGGCAGGGAAGUCUUAAAUCCAAAUCCCAAAGACCUUGCACAAAGGCGGACAGUAACCAGGACAGGAAGCCCGCUUUUCUCCCGCCUCAGAGUCGGAGCUGCACCGAGCUGCACAAGCAUCUCACCUCAGCUCCGUGCUGUCCCCGGGCGAAGGCUAAAUCCCCGGAUAGGGGCAGGCAGCAGAGGCAGCGGUCCCCGCCGCCCCCCCCACCCCCCCCACCGCUGAGUCCCGAGGAAGAGAGCGAUGCCAGUGAGGACUGUCCGAGCCCCAGCUCCCAGUUCGGGUGCGAGCGGGAGAUGCGUGCUGUGGUGGAGCUGAUCCGCUACAUGCACACCUACUGCCUCCCGCCGCGGAAGCUGCCCUCCCGGGACCCGGACCCCCAUCGCCAGCAGCCCCGGGACGCCCCUUUGAAGAGAGCCAAGUCGGACUGUCCCCUGCGGCGGCCGGCCUGCCCGGCUCGGGAGGCCCCGGGUGACCGGCGGCCCAAGCCCACCUGGUCGGAGUUCUCCAUCCUGAGGGAGCUCCUGGCCAAAGACCUCUUCUGCGAUGUCAGCAAGCCCUAUCGACUAGCCAAGCCCAUCUACGCCUCCCUGGCUGCCGGCGCCCGGCCCCUCCGGCCCGCCGGCCAGGGCGACGAGGGGCCCGCCGAGGACGGGGCCUGUGGGGCGAGAGCUCAGGCGGCGGACCCCCGGCUCGCCCUCCGGCUCCCGGACGUGCCGUUCAGAGAGAGAGCCAGUAGCCCGCUGGAGGAGGAAGAGGAAGAUGAGGAGGAGGAGGAGGAGGAAGAGGAGGAGGACGGAGAGGACGACGGAGAGGAGGAAGAGGAGGAAGCUGUGGCGAGGAAGCCCACAAGGGGUGCCCCGCUGCCGGUGGGGCCCAAGCUGGGGAGAAAGCCGGAGAGCUCCAUCUUCGCCGUCCGGCGCUCCAAGAGGCUGAACCCCGAGUUGAGCCAGUGGCUCUCCUUCCUGGACGAGGGCCCCUCCGAACCGUCCGCCCCAGGCCAGGCGGAGCCCCCCACGGCGCCGGGCCUGGUCCCCUCGAGCUACGACGCGGAGGUGGAGGUGGACGGCGGGGAGGAGGCAGACAACGGCAGCCUCCAGCUCCUCCCCGGGGGACUCCGGAUCCCGGCUCUGGAGAGCCCCAGUGAGAGCGGGGGAGGGGAGACCGACGAGGACCAGAUCUACAGUCGGUUUCACCCCGGGGAAAAUCCCAGAUGUCUCACGCUGGCCCUGUCCCAAAAUGACCCUUCUUUCGGGAAGAAGAGCUUCGAGCAGGUGCUGACUGUCGAGCUGUGUGGCACAGCAGGUCUCACGCCCCCGACCACGCCGCCGUACAAGCCCACGGAGGAGGACCCGUUCAAGCCGGACAUCGACCACAGGCCCAUCAAGGAAGAGGCUCCCACCCCCCCUCCCCUGGGGGAGCCACCCAGCGGGACUCUCCGUGCCGCCGACUCCGCGGCGGCCCCCACGAAGCCCCCGAAGAAGCACCCGGCCCGGAGCGAGCUCCUGGCCCACCUGACCCGAGCCGCCCUGCACUCGUCCCAGGUCGGUCAGAAGAGGCCCUUCUCCCGCUCCUUCGGGGACCACGACUACUGCCAGGUCCUCAGACCCGAGGGCUCCUUUCAGCGGAAAGUGCUGCGGUCCUGGGAGCCGUCCCCGGCCCGCCCGGGGACUGGACGGCCCCAGGAGGCCCCCCGGCCCGAGGCCCGGGCCCGGGGCGGCCGCGGCGCCCCGGAGACGGCGGAGGACAGUAAGCAGCUGAGAGACCACGAGAUCCGAGCCAGCUUGACCAAACACUUCGGUUUCUUGGAUAGCGCCCUAGAGGACGAAGACCUGGCCGGCUGCAAGAGCCCGGGAUACGACACGGUGUUCGAGGACAGCAGCAGCGACAGUGGCUUUCUCCUAGAGGAGGAGGAGGACGACGACGAGGAGGAGGACGACGGGGAAGAGGAGGACGACGAGGAGGAGGAGGAGGACGAGGACCAAGACAUGUACGCGAGCCCCCCUCAGUCUCAGCACUGCCUGCGCCGGACCCCCGCGAGCAGAGCCGGUCUGCAUCACUGCCCCCGGAGCCGAUCCAGUUCCGGAUCUUCGUGCUGCAGGUCUAGGUCUCCCGCCAACCGGAGGGCUUUCAGGUGUGAGAACCAAGAACCGUGCCCGGACAGAAACGGAAGCCGAAGGCAGGCCGAGAAGAGGAGAGAAAAGGCCAUCGGAGAAGGCCGGGUGGUGUGUGUUAGGAACCUGUCCAGCAACAUGAGCUCAAGUGAGUUGAAGAGGCGCUUCGAAGUGUUCGGGGAGAUCGUGGAGUGUCGAGUGCUGACCAGAAAUAACAGCGGGGAGAAGUGGGGCUUCAUCACCUACCGCUGUUCGGAACACGCCGCCCUGUCUCUGAAGAAGGGCGCCUCGCUGAGGAAGCGGAAUGAGCCCUCCUUCCAGUUGAGCUAUGGUGGGCUCAGGCACUUCUUUUGGACCAGAUGCACUGAGUUGGAUUCCAAUGCAGAAGAGCCCUCCCCAGCGUCCGUGAAAAACAAGUAUGAGGCCAUGGAUUUCGACAGCUUACUAAAGGAGGCCCAGCGCAGCCUGCAUCGAUAACAGCCUUAACCUUCGAGGAAUACCUCAAUACCUCAGUCAAGGCCCUUCCAAUAUGUUUACGUUUUCAAAGAAAUUAUUAAGUAUAUGAAAAGAAAAAAAAAGAGACUGCUGUCCCUUUAAAUCAAUGUUUACAUUGAACAAAAGCUGCUUCUGUCUGUGAGUUUCCAUGGUGUUAAUGUUCCACUGCCACACUUUAAUACCCUUGCUUCUGAUUGGUUGUUUUGGGGCGUACCUGUAAGCCUUGUCACCCUAUUCUCGCUCCCCCCGGGUCCCUCCUUCACGACACCCCUUCCUUCCCUUCCCCUCGCGCCCCCGCCACUCCUCCUCCCCUCCCGCCGUCCCUCCCGGCACCACCCUCCGAUCCCCCCUUCCGUCGUGGAGUCGCAGCCGUGUUCACCAUACCGUUUUUUUGGUCCGUAGCGUGUGAUGAUGAAACUGUCGGUUGUGAAUAGAAUCAGGAUUAUAAACUAAUUUUUAAUAGAAGAAAAAAGUAUAUACUUAAAAAAUAAUGUAUUUAUGGCUCAGAUGUACUGUACUUCAGAUUUAUUGUACUGCUUCCUUGAUUUUUAACUAUGCACUGUAAUGAGGUGUUUGCCACUGCGCAGAUAGCAUCCGCCUAGUAGGGUGUCCUCAGAUCAUCAGGAAGCUGCUUUUAUCCCUUCAGUGCUCGGCGAUGGAGCAUUUCAGGCCUCCUCGGGGGAGCGGGUGGGCCCUCUUGCCAAAGCCACGCUCCCUGCCGGUCUGCCGGGGUCACCCGGUUUCCGCCGUAGGAAUCGACCGCCGGGCCGGCCCACGCCCACCGUCCCUUGUGAGCCCGACCCCGGGGGCGGUUCCCCCCCCGGGAAUCUCCCCCCCCCCCGGCCAACCCCCCGUGGCUGAGGAGAGGGCCGGGGGCGAGUGUAACCGAGGCGGGCCUCCCGAGGCCUUGCCGACGACACGGUGUCGGCGCUUUCUCUGGUGACGGUUGGGUGUUAUAACGGUUGGUUGCUCUGUAAGGAAUUCGUUCGGGGCAAGAGAGGCCGCCCCGGGUAGCGGUGACCCCCAGACGGUUGACUGUCGGGGCCCUCUCCGGAUUCAUUCAUUCAUUCAAUAGUAUUUGUCGAGCGUUUACUAUGUGCAGAACACUGUACCAAGCGCUUGGAAUGUACAAUUCGGCAACAAUUCUCAGAUUCUCAGACGGGGGCUAACAUCGUCCGGCUGUUCCCGGCUCUCCCUGCGCCUCCCUGCCCCAAAUCGGACGCUGGGGCUCCCUGAGUGUCCAGAGGUGGGAUGCUGCCCUCGGCCAACUCUGUACCCUUUCCUCUAGUUUUUGCUCCCAGAAUAAAAACGUCACAGCCUGCAUCUGUAGCUCUUCUCCGAGCCUCACGGGGUCGAGGAUGCCAGUAGCUCUUCUUUCCAUUUCUGUUCAUCAGAGGGCCCCCUCUUCAUUUCUUCUUCAUCUUCCCCCUCAUUCUCUCCAAAAUCUCGGGCCUCUCAAAGAGCGGCAAAUCCCAAAUGGCCACAGCAGUACCAUUGGCCCGAGCCCCUCAGGAAAGCCUUGUCGCUAAUUCCGCUGAUCCGGAGGAAGGGACGCCUUGUACAGGGACGGCCUAGACUUAGGUUUAAGUGAAAGGAAAAAGCAGGAGGCCCUUGAGGGAUUUCAACCCCUCAUCUAUCCCGAACUCCACGGGAGCUAAACUCACAGAUAUCAGCUCCAACCCUUUCGGGCAUAGAGAGAUGAUUUCGGGAGUGUUUUAGGUGGCUUAGAGGGUACAGCGCUCAGAGAGUGAACCCAAAGUCCCGUGGUUACGCAGCCACGUGAAACCUCCGGCCCCGCAGGAAAAAGCGAUGGUGUUUGUUUGGUUCCCAGGUCACAGGGGCACGAGGGUGAACCUGGACCGUCGUUGGCAGCGAUCUCCCUUUCAGCCAUGGGAGAUUGCCAAGGCACGGAAGGUACGCUGCUCCGGUGUUUACGCGGUAGGGGUGAAGAGGUGCUAGAGUCGGAGGGAAAGCUAUCAGACCUGUCAAAGGAGUCUGAUGACCAACAUUUAGCCUGCUUAAUUAUCGGACCCUGGACUGUGGCACUCUGACUUUUCCCGGGGGAGGGAAUCGGAGCACAUUCUUUGCCAAGCGAUAGGACGUCUGCUCCGCGAUUACCCUUUUUCCCGGGGCUGUUCUUGGGUAGAGAUUUCUGAUAACAGCGGGUCUUACAGAUGAGGCUCCCCUUCUGGCCUAUGAUGUCUGGGAAGCAGCUGGGAUCCCAGACGUUCCCAAGAGCCUCCCCCUCCCUCGGACCACAGGCCAGCAAAGCCUAGGGGUCUGCCGGGGGCACGCAAGUAUCCCCGGCUGAGGUUUGCACGUCCAGGCCCCUCCAUCUCGUACACCUCUGCCUCCAGUUGCGUUCGUAGUUAGCUGUGGGCGCCUCCAGGUUCUUUCGGUCGGCAACGGCCCCCCUCCUCUCCCUAAACCCCAGGACGGCAGUGUGGGUGGGAGGCGUUCUCUGGCAACCGGGGGCUCAGCCGGCCUCGGCAGCCCAACACCGAUGGAGAACUCCAGGGUUUCAUCCGCCGAUGGCUUCCCUAAGUCACAAGGCCACAGCGGGGUCUGGAACGGUUGGAUAUUUUAGCUCCGGUACACCCGACCUCUCUAAUUCCCAUGUAACGGUCGAGGAAAGCAGGAAGAUCGGAAGCCUUUGCCAGACAGGAAGUCCGGCAGCCUAGUCUCCCGAACUCUUAGUUCAGUGUUCUGCAAGCAGUAAAGCGCUCAAUACGUACCACGGAUUGAUUGAUCGUUAGCCCGGAACAGAGCGUCACUGACACAUUUUGUUGGCAGGUGGAUCGGAGGCAGGGAAAGAACCAAGGAAAGAUUCCUGUCGAGCAUGAACCGUAACGACUCGUUGCUAACCGCUCUAAUAGCCACUGCAGACUUGUUUUUACCUAGAGAUUCAACCACUCAGAAGCAAUAGUCUAGAGUAGCCUUAAGCUUGCUAUGGAGGCUCACCUGCUCGUGGUCGAAGCAGUUUAUCUGCUGGACCCCCAGAUAAUUUUCCCUAGGGUAUCCCUUUAACACCAUUCUGUGUCCUCUCUCCCGGUUCUGGAAACAGAAUCCCCAAAGCAAGUAGUUCUUGGGGACGGGAUAUAGGGAUGUGUUCAAAUCUGGAUCCUGAGUCUGUGUACUUGCCAUGGUGAAAAGCCAUACUGGAGUUUCAGUGGGAGGCAGGUGGGAGGAAGCCCAGCUCAUACCUGUAGGAAGACAAAAGAAAUCUUUUGCUCCAUGGUUGCCACCUGUUGGGUUUGACCUAGUUUGACUGGGGAAGGCUCAUCCUGUGCCUGGAACUCUGCCCUGGAUCAUCACGGGUGCCUCCGGUGACUCUUCACCACGUGCCAAAUAGCCCCAUCUGGGACCCGGUGUAUCCGACCCUGUCCACGACUUUCAGAGGAAGAGGAGGCCAUCCUGACUUUUGCCUGGGCCUCCGUUCCCUGAUCCCGGCAAUGUUCGGUGCCCAUACCUUACCUGGCAUCUAGUAAGCGCUUAACAAAUACCAUAAUUAUUAUUAUUAUCAGAGAAGUGCAGCGCCUGGAUCCCGGGAGGUUAGUUCAAUUCCAGAGGAUUCCGAAACCCUCUAGAGGGGUAGGUUUGGGAAAACCCUGUCCCCGGGUGGCACCUGGAGUCUAAAGAAGAGAAUACUAUACCACUAGUGAGAGAACCGGAGAAUCCAGCCUCGGGUGGAAACGCUGGAUGCGUUAUGAUGGUUUUAGCGCCGUUCAGAGCAGAUGAGCUCAAAUCCCAGUUUUAAGGUGACUUCAUUUCUCCCAUUUAAGCUGCCGGGCUUUAGAUCCGGGACGCACACGCCCUUCCCCGCCCCCCGCCAACCAUCUCAUGGAGUGUAUUUCCGUUUUUUACUGCUUGAUUGUGUAGGGCACAUGCGAGCUCGUAGCAUGGUAGCUACCGCUUAGUAUCCGUUCACUUUGCGACGGUGGACGAUUUAACAAGUUACAAGGGUAGGGCCCUCGGGCCUUUCCGAUGACCAGCCAUAGAAUCAUCGGUCUCCAAAUGGUGUCCUUCAAAAUAACUCCUCAGUCUGUACAAGCGUAUCGUCAUGUGUUUUAACCAAGCUGUGCAAAUUGCGUUACAGCACCUUGACCGGACCUAGAUCCUCCAGUUGGAAAGCCAUGAUCUCUGCUAAAGGCUUUCUUGACCUGUAAACCAAGAUGCCCCAAGAGUACCUGCUAAUCCCGUGUGAGAAACUGACUUUGGCAAUCACCUCAUCGUAGCUUUGCCUUUUUCGGUCCUAGUAUUUCCUCACAACAAUGAUGUUUACAUGUGAUUGCUAUACAGCUAUACCGUAGAAUGUGUAUAUAGCGACACAAUUAGGGUGGGUCGUACUGUCUGUGCUGUGCUGAUGUUUUCAGAAAAACGAUCAAAUUGCUAAGUGGAAUUCUUCCAUCUCCUUCCUCAGUACCAGGCUGAAUCAAAGCUCUCGCUUGGGCUUUGGUUGCAGAAGGAAAAUGCAUCAAAACGCUUAAGGAUGUGAAUGGGUUGAAUGCAGCUAAGGAUCCUGGUCCCUAGAAGGUCUCCUUUGGUCUGAAUUGCUCAUUCACUUCAGAAACACCGGUCCUCUAUACGGGCUUUUCCAUCUCACCGUGCUUUUCGGAGGCUGGACUUUUCGCUGUGGCCCAAGGUUAUCAGCAGAAUGACCGUCCUUCACGCCAGGGGAAAGAACGUCCGUAAUUCCGAGAGCCAAUCAGUACUGGAAUCCUAGGAUAGGAAGAGAUGCAAUAAGUGGUCUUUAUAUUGCCCGACGCCUAUAAUAUAUUAAGGGGAGAGAUUUCUCCGAGACUUAUGCAAUACGCACGGGGUGUCCGAGACGCGCUCACGCCGCGUCUCCCGAGGGAGGGGCGUUGUGGUCGGCGGGCCGCGGAGGGGGUGGCUCGGUGGCCAAAACUCUGGGACUGCUGGAUUUUUACGGGAGGGUCGGUGGUUUGGAAUGUGAUUUGCAUUCAGCCGUGGCCGGUACUCGAGGCUCGACUCGCUGGCUUUCGAGAACGGGAUGUUAUUAAAACUGUGAAGCACAUCUGCCCAUAUUUACUUCCAUCGUAUCACUCGGGUGGGACGGAGAAGCUCCUCGCUCUAUUUUUGUAAGCCAGCUUUUAGAUUCGGUCCUUCGCUUGAAGGACUCCGUUACCGGGUGACCCUGGAGAAGGGACGGGAAGUGGAUUCGGAAAAGAUACUUUAACGGUUCCCUUGGCCGAAGAGCUGUCUGUCUGUGCCCUACUUGUGAGAAAAGAUAGAUUUGAUAAGAUCGGUGCGAUAGGCCGAAUCGAGGUCCGGGCUCUUGACGGUGGUGCCACAGAGAGGAGGUCGACUCGAGUGCAGCCAGUUAAACGGUAUUACGGUUUAGCCCUGGGGAGAUUAUUAAGGGCCUGUGUAAAAGACCGUAAGAGAAUCGCAAAUCGUGCCGGCGUCAGCCGAACGUUUUAUAGUUUGGACUCGGGGUCCCCACCCCUUGGUUUAAUCCUUUCGGUCAAGACCGGUUCUUUAACGUUCGUGGGAAAACAGAUGGGGCCAGAUGAGCUCUUUUUCCUCACGCUAAAGUAAUAAGGCUCUCACGGGGGCCCACUACCCAGGGGUGGUGAGGGGGCAACUGCCCACAGGAGCUGCGUGAUCUGCAUGUACUUCCGGCCUCGCUCAACCCAGGGCUCCCACAAGACCGGAGAGUCGAUGUCGGAAAGACUCAAAAGGUCAGCUUCCUGGCGUGUUUGCCUUCUGGAGCCUGUCCCCUCCCGAGUCCCGCCCCCGCUAAAAUCAGGGCUCAACAUGGAACGUUUGGCCCCUAUAUUCAAUCGUAUUUAUUGAGCCCUUACUGUGUGCACAGCAUUGUACUAAGCGCUUGGAAUGUACAAUUGGGCAACAGAUGGAGACAAUCCCCGCCCAACAACGGGCUCACAGUCUAAACAGUCUAUUUCCAUCCCCGUCAGCACUUCCAGUCCGAGUUGGUCAUUUACAAAAGUGAAAACUCCCUCCAACGCCUGUUGGAGUGAUUCUGGGGGGUGAAGAUCAGAAAGGGGACUCGAUCGUGUUUAUUGAGCGCUUAGGGUGUGCAGAGCACUGUACUAAGCGCUUGGGAGAGUACAAUAUAAUAGAUUUCUUAGACAUGUUCCCUGCCCACCAUGAGUUUGCAGUCUAGAGGAAGAGGAUUCAGGGUGAGAAAGCAGGGAUUGGAAUCUUUUAUUUUGAGGUGAUCUUUUAGAAAAGAAACCCGAGUGUGGCACUUUAUAAAACCCUAUACAAAACUCUAGAAUCGGAUAGCGAUGAAUUUUAUAAAAUAAUCUAAUCCCGAUGCCUCAUAGUACCAACUGCGUGGAUGCGUAGAAAAAGUGGUUGGCGCAACACUUCAUGUGAAGCGGGGACAGCCCCCAGAGAGUACCCGGCUCGCUUUGAAACAAACUAGUUCCACAUGCUUCGUUGAUCGACCUUUCCUCGGCUGAUGCGUAGUUCAAGCCAUAGUGAGAGGGUAAAAACUUGAACCCAUUUUUCUUGAAUCAGUUCACCUUCAUCUCGUGGGAGGAGGUCCAAGCGAGCUAGCUAAAGCCGGACAGGAUGAACCCGACUGAAAAAUCACCUUGGCAAUUUUACGGAUCUGCUGAGAAGGCCUCAUCGGGGAAGGUCCUGGGCACGGCCUACAGCGUAUUUUGGAAACUUGGAAUUCACUUCUGUGAAGGAGGUGUAAACCUGUGAUUGUUUACCAAUCUGAAUAUUUAUUAUGUGCACCUGCCCUCAUGUGUUUGAUUCAUCUCUCCUGAAGAGGACUAGAGGUGUUCUCUGGGGAGAUCCUUCGGUUUUUUAACCACUUGCCUGAAAGAUGGAAAAGAUGGAGCUUCAUGUUUUUGGGGUUUUGUAAGAGUAGGUCUGAGCUUGACCUGCCCUCGGGCAUCUCUUUCCUUCCUAGCGCUCUUAGAGGAACUCUUGAAGGGAAUUGAAAUUAAGGGAAGAGAUGACGGUUCCCGGACCCAAAGUCUUUUCCGUGUUCAGCCCCGCACAGCGUGGCUGCUCAAUAAAGAUGCCGCCGAUCAGCUGUGAUGGGGGAGGGAUAAAGUUUUUAUAGUGAACUAGAUUUCAAAUGCUUUGCCUAUCAGGAAUUAAGUCAUAAAAUCCCCAUGCUCGCCAGCCUGGGCUGCUCAAGUAUUUGUUUUGUUCGAAAAGGAGUCUGUCCUUGGGAAUCUGAGAAUGUCUUAGGUGGGCUUGGGAGCUGGUUUUCUGUGGAAUUUAUUCCUAGAAGGAACACAUCCCUCCAAAACACCAGCUGAGAAACCCCAAACCCAGCCCCCCACCUUCUUCUGCCGUUAGUGCAACACUACGGACCCUGGUUGUGAGCACUCUCUUAAGGACACCAGGCCUUUUUUACCGACCCUGCUUUCUUUAGCACCUUUGUUUCUUCAUUGCUCUGCAAUCUGAAUGAAGCAUCCCCUGUAGAUGGGCCUUAAUCCUCGGUUCUCGCCGUGGCAGCCCGACCUUGACAAUCUUGAGCAAUACGUAGCCGAGGUUAGCCUUCCAGUUUCCCAGUGUUACUGCUGUUCACCAAAAUUCUGGAAUCUGGCCCUGGCUAAGGAAGAACAGCUUUUACUUCCCCAAGUGGUACUGUAAGGGGCAUUAUUUAUUAAGGAGCUAAACAAGGUAAAUACAGCAUGGGGUGGGGUGUGUGUGUGAGAGAGAGAGAGAGAGAGAGAGAGAGACAAAGAGUGUGUGUGUGUGUGUGAGUAAAUGUGAAAAAUUAAAUUGAUGCAUUUCUUGAGAAAGGUGCAAGAAUUUCACCUAUAAAAGGGACACAUCUGCUUUGUUAUUUAUACAAAAAAGCUAAAUUUAAAUUUUUUUAAGGACACCAGUAAUAAUUGAGAAUCGAGUUUUUAGUUUUGCUUUUUUUUAAUUGGUAGAGGGUUUUUAUAUUUUACUUAAUUUUUCCAUAUGUUCCGUUGUGUCCUUAUUUAUAUGCUAUACUUUAACCUUAAACGGCCUAGGUGUCUAUGCCGGUUUCUGUUAUUAUUUUUAUUUUAUUUCCGGUGUGAUUUACCUGUCUACCUUCGAAACGAGAAAAUGUUUUCUUGUAUUUUUACAUUGUCAGAUUCUAUAGUUUCGUAGAUAAUUUAACCAAAUCGCUCUGUGUAUUAUCCCGUGAGCAUAAAGUUCUAUUUUAACUUCUGUAAAUACUUCGGAACUGGCUUCUCUUUUCAGACUCCCGCCUGGAGUUACUUGUUUACAUCACAAAGACUGUAGAAUCUCUACGCUCAUGUACUGUAAAUAGUGAAGUGAUCUGCCUAAAAAUAAACUAUAACAAAUAUACUAUAAAGUAAAAAGGAAAACUCUACA